GUGUGUGUGUGUGUAAAGAAGGCGACAGAAAAGGAAAAUAUCGAGGUCAGCAGGAACUGAAGAAGAAUCGUGCAUGAGAAAUCUCAAUAAUUUCGAUUGAAAUUUCACACAUUCAGGCGAAUAACAGAUAUCGCCUAUUCCUUUGGCACAAGGCUUGGCUUUGUAGGAACGCUUUCAGUAAAGAAUCGACAAUCACGGAAAUGAUAAAAAUAUUCAAUAUCAAAAUGUACUUCAGUUAUUUAAAUACUUAAAGAAGUAAUCAAUAUCAAAGAGAGUAGUCAAUACAUAAAAUUUGACGAAUUAGGAGACUGCGUUCUGACGGUGUUCUCACGCAACGAAUCAGCUGAUUGGAAGUAAAGCGUCCGUAUAACGGAAAGAAUCGGAACAGAUCGAUCGACACAGUGGGAUUGUCCGGAUGGGAGUAUCGCCACCGAGUGUGGCAUUUUCUUGAGGCCACACCUUCUGCUAGAAACGAUAAAUGGAACGCAGGACUGAUAGAUACGGUGUCAGGGAGAUGCGCCAUUCUCGAAGUGAGGAUCUAUUGGGUGCGAUUUCCAGAUCUCCCAGUCCAUGCGUCGAUCUACCGACCACGGCGUCCGAGGACGAUUUAAUUGCGGCCAGUGCUCUCCGAGACUCAAGCAUCUACGAUGAGGUUAUCGGCAGCGUCGGCGUCGCAGGGCCGUCGCGGCGCAUUCUUUCGUCGUCAUCUAGAACAGUGGGAGUCCCUGUCGAUCCGGAGGACUCUAUUCGCGAUAUCGUCACCGAGAACGAUCUAUACAGAUACGUCCUGUUUAAGCGACAUUAUGACAAAUAUGUGGACCUUGCGGAAAAAUACAAAGAAGCGAAGAGCGUCGCUUAUUACCUGGAGGAGCGCUAUCAUGAAAUCAAGUUAUGCUCGUUUGAACUUGGUGUUAAUUUAGCGCUAGUGAGCUGA